UUCAGAGGUGCGAACACAUCCUGUUUACAUCUGCCACCGAGGCAGAGAUGGUGAGAGGAGCACGCAGCUGAGGAGCGGUCGGAGGCAGCGCCGUGCACAGGGAGAGCUGCCUGCGACGGGAGACGGCCCCAGCAUGGACGCGCUGCCCAUCUACCACGGGGGCAUCACCCGUGAGGCGGGGGAGAAGCUGUUGCUGGCGGCGGGCACCGAUGGCAGCUACCUACUGCGGGACAGCGAGAGCAUCCCGGGAGUCUACUGCCUCUGCGUGCUGCAUCAGGGUUACGUUUAUACCUACAGAGUGUCCAAGACAGAAGCUGGGUCCUGGAGUGCUGAGACGGCGCCCGGGGUCCACCGGAGGCAUUUUCGGAAAGUGCACAACCUCAUUUCAGCCUUCCAGAAACCCGACCAAGGCAUCGUAACACCCCUGCAGCACCCAGUCGUCAACAACGCGAAAGCCAAAUACCCCCCAGGUACUCGUGGGGCGGAGGGAGCCUCGGCUGCAGCUGAGCAGAGCCCCCCACAGUGGCGGGGAUGGAGGUCUUAGAUUUAUUUGCAUCUUUGACCUGAACUAGCCAGCAGGGUGGCAUUGCCAAAAAUAGGCCCUAACUUUGCUACGGUGUGAUCGAAAUGCUGGCACUCAGGUACUCAUUAGGGAUAGGGCCUGUCAAUGUGAUGAGAAAAUGGAUUUUGAAUAUGUAUUCCUGAGUGCUAUACUGGCAGUGGCUACCCUCCCUCCCCAACGCCCUCGCUCUUGCAGGUACGAACCUUCUGAUCUGUCCAUUUCCUUGCAGCGUUCAUCCUUUCAUAUAUCUUUGUGAUUAUUUUUCUUAGGGAGAAAUGAAGGCCAUGGCUUCCACCUGCAACCAUCAUGAAGACAUUUACCCAAGUGUGACAUAACCAUAUCUUCCAAUGUCUCCUCUAGUCCGUGCUCUAGAACAGAAUGAUUUAUAUGAUAGUUAAUACAACUCCAUGAGUUUUCUUGUAACAUUUGCAGAAAUGUGUAUUUGAUAGAAUUUCUAGCUCAAAAUUUUGAAGUUUUAAGUUUCAGAAUG